CCGCUGAGAAAAAUUUUCCAACAUGUUUUUUUGAGGAUUUCAGUUGGAAAAUCGGGAAAUUGUGUGCAACCAAGUGGCUGAAAUGAUCAAGCACGGGCGACGGAAGAGAUGUAAUAUGGAAAUCCAGCGUAAACUCAUCGAAUGUCUGUAAAAUAAGAAAAAUUCGACAGCCAAAUUCCACGUAUAUAUCGAAACGUCCCUUAAAAAACUUUUUUCGGGGGUUUGGGAAAACUUUUGAAAUUUCAUCGGAAAAACAAAUUCGGACAAAUUUUGCACCAUUCCAGUGUCGUCGCCGCAAGCAAACAAACUACUUUUUAUUUUACCAAAAAGACUGGAUUGGGCCUCGCCUCGCUCGCUCGUCACAAGCUGUGCUCGCCUUAGAAACUCGACGAUUUUUUUUUUCGUUUCUCGCUCGCGUAAGACACAAAUUUGUUGUGACCCAUUUAGAGAGAAAAAUUUCGUAGGAAUCAAUGUCUAGGGUAACGAAAGAUAUGAAAUUGCCAAUGACAAGUACUGAAAAGCCGUUUAUCUGUCCGACGUGCGACAAACAAUUCAAACAGCUGAGCACCCUUACCAAUCACAUGAAAAUCCAUACAGGUGAAAAACCCUUCAAAUGUACCUUCUGCUCGAAGGAGUUUCGGCAGUCGAGCACACUCACGAAUCACAUAAAAAUUCAUACUGGUGAAAAGCCAUUUUCCUGUACAUUUUGCUCAAAACAGUUUCGACAACUUAGCACUUUGUCGAAUCAUGUUAAAAUUCACACAGGCGAAAAACCGUUCGAAUGCAGCUUUUGUCAGAAGCAAUUUCGACAAUCGAGCACAUUGAACAACCACAUCAAAGUCCACGCCAGCGAAAAAUUCGAUUCGGGUAUAAACAGUGUCGUGACACAAUGUCUGGACGACGUGGCUGCACUGAAAGUUGAGGCUGAGUAUACGAAUUAAUAAAAAAAAUCUUGUUAUUUAA